AUGUCGAGUAAAUACCGGCCACUACUUCCCGACACUACACCAGCGUCGAGUCCAAUGAUAGAUGCCUCCGGCUCCCAGUCUCAAUCUUUGCUUUCUAGCUUUAUUAAGAUCCCCCGAGCGGGAACUCGUACGGCCUGCGAAUCCUGUCGAAAGAAGAAGAUGCGAGCCUAUGUGCAAGCGCUGUAUUCAAACCACUACAGAUUGCGCUACCGCACCGAUGAGAAGAAAAAGAGCAUACUAGCCGUAGAAGGGCGCAAUAGCGAGUUGAUAACCGAGUUGGAACAGCUACGUGAGCUAUACAAUAUGGCACACUCACGGUCGAUCGAGGAGGCACAAGAGAUCUUCAAUCGUAUAAGGACAAACAGUGAUCCCAUUGAGGUCUUGCAGAUGGUCAAGGCCUCAGAAUUAUUGCUACCAGGGACUUUGGCCGAAGAGACAGGCAUAGAGGUACAGGCCAGGCGGGAAUAA